ACGCAGCUGGUCGUUCGCCUCUGGCAGAAAGCGACAGCCGUGUCUCAUAUGAACGCUAUCUGACAGAGGGUGAAGUUUACUCUGCUGCUCGUAACACCUCGACAAACUCUUUCUCCUCUCACUUCUCCAAACUCACGACACCUCGACGGGACCACACGCUGUCAUACUCACAACUUUUCCCCCCUGCAACUCUGUAAGCGGUGAACAGGCUCUACUACACGUAUGACUCCAUGUGCUACACAUUUAUGAUGUGACGCCCAUGGCUGUAUCGAUACGCAGCACUGAUCUUCUUCCCUGCUGCGCGCUGGACGGACUGCAGACUGCAGACCUGUGCAUUCACGCCGCUUUGGAUUCUAUCAAAACUCUUUGUGCUUGACGGGAUGGUAAUGUAAUCCAUGUCCACACUGGCAUUUCACAAUCGGCAGAGAGACAUUAAAUCCAGCUUCGGGGUUUGACUGAAUUAUCCAAUUGCCUGGGAAUUGACCAUGUGAGCUCAUUAGUAACAUUAAACUCCACUGGCCUGUGUGUAGGUAGGCCUGCUGGUCUGUACUUCUAUCUCACAGUCUUUACUCCUAAAUCAUGACAAUCCCUCAGUAAAGUUGACACCAGGGAAAAUGACUCGAUUCUAGGUGAUAGUCUUUGUCGACGAUGUGGUAAUCGCGUAGCAGCGAUGGCUGUUGCCACCCCCCCAGAGAUGGAUCAACCUCUCCUCCAGCUCCAGAAAGUGGACUCCAGUCGACUCGGGAGUUGUGUCCUCUCUCCGAUCCUCACCUCCCCCUCAGAAAAAAGCCAGCCCAUCUGCAUCCCCUCUCCGUACAACGACCUCAGCCACGACUUCGGCGCAAUACCGUUCUACAGUCCAACCAUCUUCAGCUAUGGUGCUCCGGGAAUAUCAGACUGUCCGUCCGUCCGGCAGUCGCUGAGCCCUUCAUUAUUCUGGUCCAGCCACGGCCAUGUCAGGCCCCCCGUACCUCUCCACCACUCCCAGGCACGUUCUCAGCCUGUUCAGCCGAUACAGUCUCCGUCCAAAUGGGUGGAGCUGUCGCAGCUGGACGCCGUCUUAUCAACCAGUCAGAGUGUGAGGAGGCGUUCUCAGGAGAGCGAGGAGGAGGUGGUGUCGUCCGGUGGGAAGGGGGACCUCCACUACUGUGCUGUGUGUCACGACUACGCCUCAGGGUACCACUACGGCGUCUGGUCGUGUGAGGGGUGUAAGGCCUUCUUCAAGAGGAGCAUCCAAAGACACAACGACUACAUCUGCCCCGCAACCAAUCAAUGCACUAUAGACAAAAACCGCCGCAAGAGCUGCCAGGCGUGUCGCCUUCGCAAGUGUCAUGAAGUCGGCAUGACCAAGUGUGGUAUUCGUAAGGAGCGUGUGAACUUCAGGACGCCUCAGACGAGGCGCGUGACCCGCCCGCCGCCACAGAGCAGAGCCAAUGGACCGGCUCUGUCGACCGGAUCAGCGGCAGCUUUGUGGAGCGCGCCCAACCCUUCUGCACUGACCCCAGAGCAGCUGAUAGAGCGGAUAAUGGAGGCGGAGCCGCCGGAGAUCUACCUCAUGAAGGACGUGAAGAGGCCGCUGAACGAGGCAAACAUCAUGAUGUCGCUCACCAACCUGGCUGACAAAGAGCUGGUUCACAUGAUCAGCUGGGCCAAGAAAAUUCCAGGGUUUGUGGAAAUCAGUCUCCAGGACCAGGUGCACCUGUUGGAGUGCUGCUGGUUGGAGGUGCUGAUGGUGGGACUGAUGUGGAGGUCCGUGGACCACCCAGGGAAACUUAUCUUCUCCCCCGACCUCAGCCUGAGCAGAGAGGAGGGGAGCUGUGUGCAGGGCUUCUCUGAGAUCUUUGACAUGCUGGUCGCCGCCACGUCCAGAGUGAGAGAGUUGAAGCUGCAGAGGGAGGAGUACGUCUGUCUCAAGGCCAUGAUCCUCCUCAACUCCAACAUGUGCCUCGGCUCUUCAGACACCAGCGAGGAGCUGCAGAGUCGCUCGAAGCUAAUGCGUCUUUUGGACACUGUGACGGACGCUCUGGUGUGGGCCAUCGCCAAAACUGGCCUCACUUUCCGCCAACAGUACACCCGCCUCGCCCACCUGCUCAUGCUCCUGUCACACAUCCGCCAUGUCAGCAACAAAGGCAUGGACCACCUCCACUGCAUGAAAAUGAAGAACAUGGUGCCUUUGUACGACCUGUUGCUGGAGAUGUUGGAUGCUCACAUCAUGCACAGCUCCCGUCUCCCUCCCCGCCCCCCCCAGCAGGACUCCGGGUGCCCGAACGAGGCUCCCGCUCGGCCAUACAGCCCCGGUCGCGGGGCCUCGAACACCUGGACCCCCAGCAGCACGGCGGCUGCAGGAGACGGCAAACAGCAGUAGUCCAGUGAAGUGAAAUUUUAAAACGCUUUUACACAUUUCACAAGACUGAUGAGACUUUUUUACUGGAACAUUCUGCAGAGCACAAAUGUCUGUGAAUUUAAAGCUUUGAUACUCUUGUGCACUAACUCUGAUGAACUUUUUGAAUCAGAUUGACCAAACCUGCCAUAUCCAUUGCCUUACCACAACAUACGGAAAGAAGACGAUAAGCAUCCUUAUUUGUCCAGUAGCACCAGCACUUGCUCAAAUGUUUGUGUUCUAUGUUGCUGCCAUAAUUGUCGUGGGCUGAGCUGCUUAUUUCACGUCAUUACUACAUCAGUAACGUCUUUUCUAACCAGACUCACUGCUGUCACAAUUUUCUGAUUACACAUACCUGGUGUUCACCUGGAGGUCUGACUGAGAAUGCAACUUAUGAGAAGAUAAUUUGGCUAUAAAAACAUAGGUAACCCUUUGUUUUAACGUGCAUAUCCAUGAACCUCAGCUAAAUGAUGACACACAUACGGAGAGAUUUUAUUAUACUGGUUCAUUGUGUGCAUUACCUUCUGUUACUGUAAUUACAGGAUUUUGUAACCACGUGACAUAUUACCUUAAUGUGGUAAAAGAUUAAAUAAAAGAGAAAAUAUGAAAAUGUUUUUUUCCAUAACCGUAGAAAUGAUCCAGGGUUGAAAUCGCAGACAAAAAUAUGGUAUUAUUUUGUCUUAAAGGUAUAGUCCUACAUUUUGUUUUUUCUACAAUUCUACAAUUCACUUAGCAGACGCUUUUAUCCAAAGCGAUGUUAUCAAGCUCGUAAAAUUAAUUUCUUGAGGAGAAUUCCUCCACACACAUCUUCAUACUAGCCAUGAAGAUACAACCAGUUGAUAGCUUGCUUAGUUUAAUAACUACACAAUACUAAAUUGUUAUAUGAUAUAAUUAUACCUUAAAGGUAUAGUCCCACAUUUUAGUAAUCAUCCAUGCCAAGCGUUUAAUAAAAGAUUCCCUUCUCUCACAUCUCUAUUCUAAAUUCAAAGCUACAGUCAGCAGCUAGGCAUGAUAUCAAGACACUGCUCAUUAAGAAUACGACACAGCAGACCUCCUGGUGACCACUAGAGGGCGCUGUACGGCUUACUCCUGAUUACUUUGUUGUGUACUGUACAGUUCAGGCGUUAUUGUCAUACCUGUGAAGAAUCAAAACCACUAUUUAAGUGUUGCUUAAAGAAAAAAGGAAACUAUUUUUGUAUUUGAGAACUUGCUACCUACCGCUGCUUUUGCGUGCACAGUUGUGGUGCAGAUCUGACAAUCAGGAUCACAGCAAGAACUAUGAAUACUUUCCCUCCAUGAAAUCCUGCACUGGUUUCGCCCCGUCUGCUUUUUUGCUUCACUUCUAGCACACACUCUUAUCAGAGGACAUGGAGAACAGUUCGAUCACUGUGUACUCACUUUGUGCUCCGCGUGCCUGAAGAGUUUCAUUAUGUAUCCGGUGCAUUAUGAGGACAUGUUGCAACACAUUAUGUCUGGUCUUGGGGUUAAGUUGGUGUUCUAGGCUUACAUCUCUAAAUCUGGGCCUCAAUCGUUCUAGACAAUCUCCAAGUCAGGAUCUGGUGUCAAGUCAAAAUGUUGGAAACUUCUGCUUCUAAAACAUAGAACACAGAUGUCAGUGUAUACGAGCACCUUUAUGGAGAACAGGAACAGGCUUUCGUUAAGACGAGUUUGUGCAAUCCUGAAGACGUUCGAUUGGUUCAUCUGCAGCUUUCUCAGCCAGUUAUCAAACCCAACCUCCUCUUUGUUCAUCCACCUCACAUAUCAUCAGUGUUGAAUCAUUGGGUCCCUGUUUUUCAUGUUUUAUGAAGGUGAUAAUUUGUUCUCGUUGUAUUUUCAUACAUUUACACAUGCUCUGUUUGUUAUAUCAUAAAAUAAAGCAAACAUGUUAUACAGAU